AUGGGGUCCCAAGUAAAACUGAAAGAAAAUGAAGCUAAGCAAGAUGAGUCUGAAGAAGUUGAGGGUAUAAAGCCCAUUACAAGUCCGAAAAUGGAAGGACCGUGUACAAUAUCAGUCUUUACGCCUUCUAUCAGAAAUGUUACGAAGGAAGACGAGAAAGCUAUAUCGAAGACAAAUUUCCUUAAUACAAAUGUUUAUACGAACGUGUUUCAUGGGCUCGUCAAUCGUUCAUUGAAGACAAAAGUUACAACAUUGGGUCUUCCAAAAUCAUUCUCAAAGAAAGCUUCCACGAAGGCUCUGUAUAGUCAAUUCCAGCCGAUAUGUCUCCUUUCUCGAAGCACUGAAGUUACAAAAGGCUUUCCUUUAGUCUAUUUUCCAGACGAUCUCCCGAAGCAUGAUGUUGACGAGGAGGAUUAUAAGUCGUUUAUACAUGAUAUUAAUAUGGCAUGUUCCUUUAGUGAAGUUGCUCUUUUAGGAUCUGGUAAUCUUGUUGGUUUAGUAAGCCUUGGGGUUUCUCGAUUCAUCAUCAGCUAUUACAUCGAAAAGUACAUUGAUAAUGUUCGUUUUCCUGUGGUUCGGGGAUUUGUUGAAUUAUGGAACAAGAAUUUUUUUCAUCAAAGAAAGAUUCAUGUCUUUUUUUUGAAUCCGGACGAGGUUGCUGAACAGAAGGAUAAAGCAAUUGAGGCCUAUCAAAAGGAAAAUGAGUACACGGGAUUCUUUUCAAAAAGGUUAUCCAAGAGAUGGUGGAACAAGCAACAUCACCAUAUUUCGGAUACUGGACACUCGAGGCUACUUAUCGUGUCGUUCGAUUCAGACGGUAUGCCAUACAUUCCAUAG